AUGACCCGCCCUGCUCAGCCUUACUCUGUCUCUGAUUGGCUGACCCUGACAGGCGGGUACUCUAGAAGUAAGGAGGUGUGCGGCUACCCGCUCAGCAUCUUCUUCAUUGUUGUCAAUGAGUUCUGCGAGAGGUUCUCCUACUAUGGCAUGCGAGCUGUCCUGGUGCUGUACUUCAAGUACUUCUUGCGCUGGGACGAUGACUUGGCUACGUCCAUCUACCACGUCUUCGUGGCUCUCUGCUACCUGACGCCCAUCCUCGGGGCCAUUGUGGCCGACUCCUGGCUGGGAAAGUAUAAGACUAUCAUCUACUUGUCCAUUGUCUAUGCGAUCGGCCAGAUUGCGAUGUCUGUCAGUGCAAUCCACGACAUCACUGAUGCAGACAGAGACGGGAAACCAGAUGACAUGACCUAUCACAUUGUGUUGUCCAUGGUGGGUCUGUUCCUCAUUGCUCUGGGUACUGGUGGCAUCAAACCUUGUGUGGCUGCCUUUGGUGGAGACCAAUUCGGUGAUCAUCAGGAAAAGCAAAGAAGAACUUUCUUCUCUGUAUUCUACCUGUGCAUCAAUGGUGGGAGUCUCCUGUCAACCAUUAUCACUCCAAUCCUGAGAGCUCAGGAGUGUGGCAUCUACACUAAGCAGAAGUGUUACUCUCUGGCCUUCGGUGUCCCAGCAGCUCUGAUGGUGGUUGCACUUGUGGUGUUUAUCGUUGGAAGUGGUAUGUACUACAAAGCUGAACCACAGGGAAACAUCAUGCUGGAUGUGUGUAAAUGCAUGGGGUUUGCCAUUAAAAACCGCUACAGGCACAGAAGCAAACAGUACCCAAAGAGGAAGCACUGGAUGGACUGGGCAGAAGAAAAAUAUGAUAAACUCCUCAUUGCUCAGAUCAAAAUGGUGCUGAGGGUCCUCUUUUUAUACAUUCCACUCCCGAUGUUCUGGACUCUGUUCGACCAAAAGGGCUCUAGAUGGACUCUGCAAGCCACCACGAUGGAUGGAAACUUUGGGCUUCUUGUUAUACAGCCUGAUCAGAUGCAGACUGUCAACCCCAUCCUGAUUCUGACUCUGGUGCCUAUCAUGGACAGCUUAAUCUACCCCCUGAUCAGAAAGUGUGGCCUGAACUUUACACCUCUGAAAAGAAUGACAGUGGGGAUGGUUAUGGCAGCUAUAGCUUUUGUCUGCGCUGCCUUGGUUCAGAUUCAAAUUGAUAAAACAUUACCCACCUUCCCAUCCGCCUCCCAGAGUCAAUUGAAAUUACUCAACAUGGGCAAUAAUCAAUUGAUGGUUAAACUGCCUGGCAAUGACCCUCUACCACUUCCUGCAGCUCAGGCCAGUAAGGAAUUCUUCACAUUUGACGCAGAGAAUAUCAGCAUUUCAAUAGGCAGCCCUGCGGUGACGAGAGAAGUUUCCUUGGCCAAAGGACAGCGACAAACCCUUCUGAUUCCCUCAACCCUCACUGAGGAAUGGCUGUUGACUGAGGAUUUGACCUCCAAGCCACAAGAAGGCAUCAAUGAAAUCCGAUUUAUAAAUGGAAUGGAUAUAGCAGUGAACGUCUCAACUCCUGCAGCUGACUUUGGACUAAUUGAGCCAUUUUAUUAUUCCAACUACUCCAAGAUAAAGAGUGGAAAGCCAGUCUUCACCUUAUGGAGUGGGUCACAGUCAUGUGAAUUCAGCAGGGAGUUUGGAUUUGGAAGUUCAUAUACCUUCUUUAUCCCCAGCACUCUUGUCUUUGGACCAAAUUGUCAGGAGUCUAUUUCUGUAGCAGAAGACAUCAAACCCAACUCAGUUCACAUGGCUCUGCAGAUCCCACAGUACUUCUUCAUAACUACUGGUGAAGUGAUGUUUUCUGUUACUGGUCUGGAGUUCUCCUACUCACAGGCGCCUAGUAAUAUGAAAGCAGUGCUGCAAGCAGGCUGGUUGUUUACUGUUGCUAUUGGCAACUUCAUUGUACUGAUUGUGGCUGAGCUUGCAAAGAUUCCCAAGCAGUGGGCAGAGUACAUCCUGUUUGCCUCCCUCUUGGUUGCAGUUUGUGUCAUCUUCUCCAUCAUGGCGUAUUUCUACACCUACAUCGAUCCUACAGAAAUUGAGGCCGAGUUCAAGAAGAAGGAUAAUAAGGAGGAUGAGGAUGAGGAUGAGAAACGCAAGCUACAGAAGGCAGAGAUCGAGAUGGUCAAGAAAGGCUCAGUUAGCAGUGACUCAAGUAAAAGUCACAAAGAUGACGAUGAUCCACGCAAUCAGACCAAAAUGUGAACGGCCGAGAAAGCAGAAUAGAUAUCCUUAAUGCGUGUGUGUGUGUGUGUGUGUGUGUGUGUGUGUGUGUGUGUGUGUGUGUGUUUGCGUGCGAUUGUGUGUAUGUUUUUAACAUUUUAUAUUUUAAUGCCCAAAUGACUGCUGUGAGCAAGCAAGUUCUGUCAUUAUAUUCAGUACAACAGAUUCACGUUAGCUGUAGAGUUACAACAACAGAUGAACUAUUAACAUGUAAUUGGAUGUAAUUGCUUUUAUAUUUAUGUGUAAGUUGUG